CCCACACUCCACUGUCAGUGCUACUGUAGAGAGCUUUGGUUAUCCGUGGAUAUCACACCAUUGCUAUCAUCUCUGUCUAUCUCAGUGUUUCUCUCCCUGUGUCAGCGGAUUGAUAUAGUAGAGUAGAAAACAAGCAAAAAUAAAACAUCUCUAGCCGAAAAUGGCAGAGCUUGGAGCAGGGAGCAUGCUGUUGGGGGAUCCUGCUUUUAAUUACCAAGAGCACGAGCUAAAUGAGCGAUUGAAGCGGCUCUACCCGGCCGUGAAUGAGGAAGAGACCUCCUUACCCCGAUCUUGGAGCCCCAAGGAUAAAUACAGCUACAUCGGACUCUCGCAGAACAAUCUGCGGGUACAUUACAAAGGCCAUGGGAAGAACCAUAAGGAUGCCGCGUCUGUGCGUGCCACUCAUCCCAUACCAGCCGCCUGUGGGAUCUACUACUUUGAAGUGAAGAUUGUCAGCAAGGGCAGGGAUGGGUACAUGGGGAUUGGUCUGUCUGCCCAGGGGGUCAACAUGAAUAGACUGCCUGGUUGGGACAAGCACUCAUAUGGUUACCAUGGCGACGAUGGACACUCCUUCUGUUCUUCAGGGACUGGCCAACCAUAUGGCCCAACCUUCACCACAGGCGAUGUGAUUGGCUGCUGUGUGAACCUAAUUAACAACACCUGUUUCUACACCAAGAACGGCAUCAGUCUAGGUGUAGCCUUUACAGAUCUCCCUCCCAACCUUUACCCCACAGUGGGCCUGCAGACUCCAGGAGAGAUUGUGGAUGCUAACUUUGGCCAGCAGCCCUUUGUGUUUGACAUUGAGGACUAUAUGAGUGAAUGGAGGGCUAAGAUCCACGGCAUGAUCGCCCGCUUCCCCAUCGGAGAGAGACUGGGAGAGUGGCAGGCAGUGCUUCAGAACAUGGUAUCUACCUACCUGGUGCAUCAUGGGUACUGUGCCACAGCCACAGCCUUUGCCAGGGCUACAGAAACCUUGAUCCAGGAGGACCAGACCUCCAUAAAGAACAGACAGAGAAUACAGAAGCUGGUAUUGGCAGGAAGGGUUGGCGAGGCCAUCGAAACCACACAGCAGCUGUACCCUGGGCUCCUAGAACACAACUCCAAUUUACUGUUCAUGUUGAAGUGUCGGCAGUUUGUGGAGAUGGUGAACGGUACAGACAGUGAGGUACGAUGCUUCAGUGUCCGCUCCCCCAAGUCCCAGGACAGCUACCCUGGCUCCCCCAGCCUGAGCCCCCGGCAUGGAGCCACCAACCCCCAUCUGCACAGCGCAGGAGCAGACAGCCCAACAUGCAGUAACGGGGUCACCCCUCCCAACAAGAACAAGAGCCACAACAAGUACCCUGGUGUCAGCUCUGCCUCCUCCUCCUCCUCUUCCUCCCCUUCCUCUGUUAACUACUCUGAGUCCAACUCCACUGACUCCACCAAGUCCCAGCCUCACAGUGGCACCAGCAACCAGGAGACCAGUGACAGUGAGAUGGAGAUCGAGGCAGAGCACUAUACUAAUGGGGUGGCGGAGAACUCCUCUACUCGGAUCAUGAACGGCACCUACAAGCAUCAAGAAAUCCUGCAGGCUGAGGACGGCAGCCUGGGCAAUGGAGUGGCAGAAGACAGCUGUGCCUCCAGACAGCUGUGUGGAGGGAACCAGGCAGCCACAGAGAGGAUGAUCCAGUUUGGCCGUGAGCUGCAGGGCCUCAACGAGCAGCUGUGCCGGGAAUAUGGCAAGAACGCCACGCACAAGAAGAUGCUGCAGGAUGCAUUCAGUCUAUUAGCAUAUUCAGAUCCCUGGAACUGCCCAGUUGGGCAACAGCUAGACCCAAUGCAGAGAGAAAAUAUCUGCUCUGCUCUCAACAGCGCCAUCUUGGAGUCUCAGAACUUGCCUAAGCAGCCCCCUCUGAUGCUGGCUGUAGGUCAGGCCACAGAGUGUGUCCAGCUCAUGGCCAGGGUCCGCUCAGGCUCCUGUUCCUUCGCCAGAGUUGACAGCUUUUUGCACUAGCCCCAGUCCAGGCAAUGUUCAGGACUACAAAGAAGAGGACUUUCCAAUGGGUUGCCAGAUGACUGAGGAGAUCAUGUGUUUGAAUUGGUGUGUCGCUUGCCAUUUGGCAGAAGCAGGAUGUGCAGGGGAAUGAGUAGAACAUGAGGAGAAAGCUUGUUUUUAAUUUAGUAUUAUCAAAUACAAAAUGUGUGACACUAUUUAAAGAUAAUUAAUUAUUAUUCUGUUUAUCUAGUCAUUUUCAAGUUUUUAUUUGGUCAGUUUGUUGUGCUCAUCUUGAAAAAAAUUAUCGAAUUCCGUUUUUGUUUUUAUGAGUGGAUUUGAAUUCCCUACACAGUAUUUCAAAGAUGUUCAUCAUAUCAAAUAAAUUCACAUUGGCAUGCUUUGUCGUUACCAAGCAAAAUACUCUGGUUUCUCAUUCAGAACUUUCACAGGACUUUUGUCAUCUCAGUAUGGGAUAUUGUAGAAAGAGGUAUGUUUAACCAGCAGUAUAGUGGCUCCUAUUUAGGACCAGAAUCUUUUGGUUCAAAUUCUUACUUCUUAGUAUGCCUUUACCCCAAAAAUGGGUUUAAUGGAAAGUUAAAGGUCUGAAUUUGAUUCUGAGACUGCACGUGGCUGUAAGCUACUAACCCGCUGGUCACCUUGAAGCCCCAGAAGGUAGCACAAAUGAAAUAAUGACACUGAUUCAUUUAGGAGUUUCAAUAUAAGUGUAGUGUAUUUCCAAUCAAGUUUCUCCACUAGUUUGAUGUGUAACAAGGGCUGCGCUUACACAGGCAGCCCAAUUCUGAACUUUUUUUCACUAAUUGGUCACAGUUUACAAUUGGCUCAUUCAUCCCCCUCCUCUCCCCUGUAACUAUUCCCCAGGUCGUUGCUGCAAAUGAGAACGUGUUCUCAGUCAACUUACCUGGUAAAAUAGCGGUAAAAUAAAAAUAAAAAUACAUCUUUUGACCCAAUCAGAUCAGUGCUGAAAAAGAUCUGAUGUGAUCGGUCUAAAAAGAAGAUCAGAAUUGGGUUGCCUGUGUUGUGCUGCCUUAUGUUACACAUAAAACUAGUGGAGACACUUGAUUGGAAAUAUACUACACUUGCAUACAGUAAAAAUACACAGACAUACAGUGCUUGGGUAAUUUGGAAAUCAAUCCCUGGUUUUUACUUGCUAAUUGUAUUGAAGAUACCUUUAUGAAGUCAGAUGUUGAAUAUAUACAAUAUAAUGAUAUUGAACAAAAAAGUGGAACUAUUUUCCAAAUACAAGGCUUUUAAUUUGACCAACUUUUCUAAUAACCAAUGGUACCAGUUGCCACACUUAUUCCACACAGUCAGUCCAUCAGUCUUUUCAUAUUAGUGCUUUGAAAGACCAUUGUCUCAUCAUUGCCAACAUGCUUAUUCUGGCUUUCUUGCAGUUCUAUUUUUCUCACACAGACCCAGUAAUUUUUACAAAUGUGGCCACAACUUUGUUUCUUGUUUUUGUUCAUUCUAUUCACAGUUGAAUGUGUUUUGGUCUUUUUUGUUACAGUAUGUAUUCUCCUAUUUAACAGAUGUUCUCUUGGCACAGAUGUUGAUCAUUGAUGUAUUAAUCCAGUAUUUCAGCCAGCCAGCCAGCAAGAGGCGCUCCACUGUUUGUUGAAUGUAGUUUAGCAGAUGAUAUUACAUUUAUGUUUCAGAUUUGCUGCUGGCCACCAUGAGAUUGAUAUUGACAUCCCCUACACCUGUUAGACAUAUUGCAAUGUGUUUCAUUCACUUUUUGACAAUCAUGUAAAGCAUGUUUGUGAAGCAAAGGGCUGGUGGGAGUAGAAAUCAUCAGCUUGCAGCUUUGUUAUUAGUGUUUGGUAGACUUUAAUAUCCCUUAACAUUGUUCACAAAGGCCAUUUGGAUUUUUUUUACACAAUCUUUCCAUUUGCACAACAUCUAUCUGCAUCAUGGGCUUAUACCUGCUAAAAUAUGUGAAAAACAAGAACAAAUACCUUCACUUACUUGUGAGGGUCCUCUUUUGUAUUGCAGUAGGAAGCAAAAGAAAGGGCCUCAUGACUUUAUCCAAAACCUGUGAAAGACAAUUGACAUACUGGGGCAUACUGUCUUUUGAAGCAUACCUAUACACAUCGUAACCCAUGUUGGAAUCAAGUUUGAGUUAUUUUAACUCAUGUUGUUCGCUUAAUUAAGUCUCUAGACGGCCCUAUCCGUUCACAUGGGUUUUCACUAUUCUGUUUAAUGGUAAUUCAGAAUACAACCAGUCCUAGGCUUUCAAUAUUGGAAGCAGACAGCAGAUAGGUAUUGAUAAUAGCUUGACAUUAUAGCAAAUCAUGUAUCUCUUGGUUUCUUUCAAAAACAGCAAAUGGCUUUUUGAACUCAAUAGAAUAGCCACCCAAAAUGUAUAUUUCCAUUUUAAGAGAAUUCAUUAUACAGUAGAAUUUUUAACUUGACUAAUGUAUAGGGAUGUGUGUGUAGAAAGGGAGGAAUCUGUUGAGCUUCUCCUGGAACUUUUAUAGACACACCUACACCUACUGUAGCAAACAACCUCCCAGUUUUCCUUUUCUGUUUUCAAUUGGCCUUUGGAGCUAUCCAUGCUUCAAAUGGAGAGGCGAAGGUAAUGUAAUUAGGAAUCAAAAACAAGCUGUGCACAAUAUACUUCUAUUAUGAUUUAAAUUUCAUAUUGAGUUUAGCAUUUGUGAAAUGAGUUACCCUGUACUUAGCAUGAAACUUUUAAAACCUUAAACAAUAUUUAAAAAAACAUACCUAUGUACUGGACACAUGAUAAAGAAAUAUUGUAUUCUGUUUUAUUUUGACAGAAUUAUUUUUAUUAAAAUACACAUCCAUAAGCAUA